AUGUCAACAUCGUCAACCAAAGGAAUUCUCGGAAAAAGGUCUUAUUCUGAAAAUGUUACUACCGGGGAUAAUGCCCCAGGCCAAAUGCAUCCUCGCAAUAGAUAUAGGAACAACCCUCCGGACUUUGCUGUUCUCGCGUUCAAAUACUCCUCCUUUUACCCUUUUGUACAUUAUACUAAAGAAGGAAAGCCGUACAUUGAUUUCAAAAAUCCUGAAGCUGUUAGGGAACUUACUUACUGCCUUCUACGUAAUGAUUUUAAUCUCACGUUAAACAUUCCAUUAGACACGUUAUGCCCACCGGAUUUGAUAUCAUCUGAAACUAGACAAGAUCGUUCUGUGUAUGCAAUAGAUAUUGGUACUGGUGCUUCGUGUAUCUAUCCUUUAUUGGGCUGCACGCUGAAUAAGAACUGGAUGUUUUUGGCAACUGAUAUUGACGAAAGAUCCAUAGAGUAUGCUGAAACAAACGUGUUAAGAAACAAUUUAGAUCACAGAAUUACCGUGAUUAAUAACAAAACAGACAAGAAAAUUAUGUUGUCCGAUGAAGUUUUAUCCAAUAAUUCUAUCAAGUUUGCUUUCUGCAUGUGUAAUCCUCCUUUUUACGAAAGUCAAGAACAAUAUGAAAAAGGUGUUGAGAUGAAGCAUUCACCUUCUCUAUCGGUAUGUACCGGUGCAUCUCAUGAGAAAAUCACCGUUGGUGGAGAAUUCCAAUUUAUUAAAGAUAUUCUGGAAGAAAGUUUGGUUUUACGUAAUAAAAUUCGUUGGUAUACCUCUAAAAUUGGACGGUUGGAAACGGUUAAUAGAAUUGUUCGUGAAUUAAAAAAAACUGGAAUCGACAAUUACGUAGUCACCGAAUUUUGUCAAGGGCAAACACGAAGAUGGGGUAUCGGGUGGUCGUUCGGAACCCAGCGACCAUCUACGAGUAUUUCACAACCAUCUUCUAAAAAGCUUCGUAAAACUGCGCCUCCUAAAACUGAAUUCUGUGUUGUUUUACCAACAAGUUCAGAUAAUAUCAAAAAGUUUCUCAAACAGCUAUUCGAUCAAUUGGAAGUUGUAGUACAAUGGAAUGAAGAUUCUUACACGUUUUCUGGUAGUGCAAACAUCAAUACUUGGUCGCGUGCUGCUCGACGACAAAGAAUGAUGAAAACAGAUUGUCAAACGGAGUCAUCUACCACUGUCACUACGUCGACUGAUGAAUCUUUAUUUGAGUUUACUUGUAAUUUUGAGCCAUGGAAUACUAGUAUUAAUACUACUAAGGUUACAAUUUCAUGGACAAAUGGCAAAGAUCGGAGUAUUUUUGAAUCAUUUUAUGUUCAUGUCAAGAAAAAAUUGGAGCAGGAAUUUUCCGCUGACGAAUAA